ACACACACCGAAACUCUUGCCUGGCUGUGAACCACUCUCCGUUCUGUAUUCGAUCUUGCAUUUCCUUCGCUGCCCGUCUCUCGGCAUUCCUCUUCCACCUCCUUUCCUCCCAUCUGCUCCUCUCUUCCCUUUUUCAGGCUUAUUCACUGAUCUCAGAUGCUAGUGUUCCAUUCACAGUUCUGGACUGCGUUCUUGCUUAUUGCUAGUUCUCUGCCUUGCCUGCUUAGCUUGCACCAGGCGUGAUUGAUUAUGGCGGUGUAGAGUACCACAGCACCGCUUUGCUGCAGACUGUCCGUCUUAAUUCGCAAUCUUAUUUAUUAGAGCAAUCCGGAUUCAUGUCAGGAGCCAUUGUGCCAUCCGCCGGCCAGGAGCAGCGCCGGCCGUGCGACGUGGCGGCGUUUCAGCGGAGCAACGUGCACAUCCUGCUGUCCGAUAAGGACACGGAGUCGCGCCAGAAUGUUCUCGAGCUGCUUCGCCGCUGUUCGUACCAAGUGACGGCCGUCGAGAACGCACGACUGGCGCUGCAGCUGCUGCGGUCGUCGAGCGACACGAUAGAUUUGAUUCUGGCGGAGGUGGAGCUGCCCAACGGCAAGGGGUACAAGAUGCUCAAAAUCAUCAUGCGCGAGGAACGCCUCAAGAAGAUCCCCAUCGUCAUGAUGUCGACGCGCGACGAGAUGGCGAUCGUGGUAAAGUGUCUGCGCCUGGGCGCGGCGGACUUCCUCGUCAAGCCGCUGCGCACCAACGAGCUCCUCAACCUCUGGACGCACAUGUGGCGCCGCCGACGAUCCGUGGGCCUGGGCGAGCCUGCACGGCCAAUGGUCCCGCUGAGCGCGAGCGACUUAUCGCACGACUUCGUGUUCGUGGACACGAGCGAGUCCAACACGGGCACCGGCAGCACGGACCUGUUCUCCGAGGAGACGGAUGAUAAGCGGCGCAGCAGCGUGCAGCAGCAGCACCUGCAGCAGCAGCUGGCGGAGCAGCAGGAGCAGCAGCAGCAGCUGCACGAGCUGGAGCAGCAGAACCAGCAGCAGCAGCAGCAGCAGCAGCAGGAGAAGGUGCAGAAGCGGCAGCUGCUGCUGCUUCAGGAGCAGCAGGGGCAGCGGCAGGAGGCGGUUGAAGAGGAGAGGAGGCAGGAGCGGCAGAGGAAGGAGAAAGGGGCAGAAAGGGACGACACGUGGCGGAACAGGGGUGCACAGGGAGUGGAGGGGGAGAGGCAGGGGGAGGGGGAGGAGGAGAUGUUACAGCGGGAGGAGCGAGAGCAAGAGGAGGCAGAGGAGGGCCGGCAGCAGCGACGGGAGCUGAUUCUGCUGGAGAAGCGAGAGGCGGGCGGGGCAGGAGGGCAAGACGGGGAGGAGGCGGAGGAAAGGGAGGACGACGAACAGCCGUUGAAGAGGCGGCAGAAGAGGAUGGAAGGCGGAGCAGUGGAGGCGGGAGGAGCGCACAAGAGGAGGAGGAUUCCGUGCGCCGAGGACGGAGAGGAGCUUCCGCGCCACCAACAGGUACGCACCUGUUGCGCUGCUAUUGGCGUGCGUACUCUUCUAUUUCCUUCUCCCCGCUUCCCCUUUUCCUUCCGCACCACCCCACCGACCCUGCUCUCUCCCUCUACCUUUCCCCUCACUCCGCUAUCUCUCGUUCACCCCUCGUUUCGCAUCCCCCCUUUUCUCCUCUUCUCUCGUUUCCGCCACCCUCCCCAGCAGCCAAUGCCUGCGCUCGAGCUCUCGCUCAUGCUGCCACGUGUCGGCCUCCCAUUGGACCCGCCUUUCCCGUCUGCUCGCCGUCUACCCCCUGACCGACCCCCUCUCGUGGCCCCAGCGUCUGCUCUUCCGCCCCCAGCGGCGUUUACGCUCAAGGCGUCCAGCCCCCUUCUCAGUGCUGUCAUGCCCCCUGCUCCCGCCACUCUCUUCGCGCUCUGCACCUCUGCCAUGGCAACUGUGGCAUCGGCAACACCGCCCGUACCACAUGCCGCUGCUGGUGCUGCUAGUGCUGCUGGUGCUGCUAGUGCUGCUGGUGCUGCUAGUGCUGCUGGUGCUGCUUCCGCUGCUGCUGAUAGUGCUGCUGGUGAUGCCUCAACUGCAGCAACCGGCCUCUCUUUAUCGCCGUCCAACCCAUUCAGCACUCACCCUGCGGCCCUCGCCGCACCCUAUCACAUGCUGCUGCGCCGAGCAGUUUCCCACGAGCCCUCCUCCGCUCCUCUCUUCCCCGCCUCCCUCCCGUACUCCUCGCCUAACGUGUCUCCCUUCCAAUCCUCUCCUCCCGGCCAUCCGUCCCAUCUGCUGGGCUCUGCUCCUCCCACCACUCGUCCUGCACUGGCAAGUCCCCCUCUGCCUUCCCGCCUCGCGCCCUUCCUCCCCUCUGCGCCGUCCGCGCCCGCACUCGCCUCCGUGCCCGCCCUCCCCACGCGCACCAUCAGCCAGCCAGUCAUGCCGUCCGCUUCGCUCCUCCGCCCUCCCGCACGCCGCCAAUCCCAAAGCCCGCCCGUCCCCUCGUCCCCCGCUUUCGCGCCUGUUUCCACUACCGUUGCACCUGCGCCUGCAUUCACCGCCCUGGCAUCCGGUGCUUCCGCUGCUCCUGCUGUGGGCUCGCCGCCCCUGAGGGGGUCGCCUGUCCGAAGGGCAUCGCCAGCACCGCUCGUCCCGAGGGCAAAUGCCGCCCUGAAACGGCCAGCUGGCGAGGCGGUGGCAGGGCGGGAGAGGGCGGGGAGUGAGGCGAGGAGGCAGCAGCAGCAGCAGCAGGGCAGUGAGCAAGCGAGGAGGAGGAGUCCUGCGGUUGGCAGGCAGGGAGUGGGCAGCACCCCGUCGCCGUCCAGCAGCAAGACACCGGCGCCAAUGGCCCCUCUCCCAGCACCCAGGGCGAGUGGCAGCCCACGGGGGCUGCAGCAUCCAAGGGAUGCGGCAACAAGUGUACGAGGGAGGGACUGCUCAGCGGGAGGAGAGGGCAGAACCAGGGGGGAUAGAGUGGAGGGAGUGGAGGGCAGUGAAAGAAUGAAGACUCGGGAAGAAACGAGGGGCAUGGCCCAGGGCAUGCUUCAAGGCAUGGCACGGGACGGCAGUGGGGCAGAGGCGAACGUGAGUGGCGGCAGCAGCGGCACCCUGGUGGCGGGGCACAGCGCGGCCUUCUGGAACCACAUGAUCGACCGCAGCGGGCUCCGCGGCUACCUCCCACACUCCCCGCCCACCCCCCCUGCUUCCGCACCUAGCCUACCUGCUUCGGCACCGAGCCUGCGUGGUGGAUCGCCGAGCCUGCGUGGCGGUGCGGGGAGCUUGGCCGGGUAUAAGAGGCAGGUGUCAGGAGUGCGCUUGGAGCAGGGCUCUGGGCAAGGUGCUAAGUCGCCCUCCCCUGCGCCCUCUCUUGCUUCGGUUCCCUCUGCCACGGCUGCCCCGUAUGCCUCAACUGCUGCCGCUGCCGCUGCUGCAGCUGCUACCAGCAGUGCGGCUGGUGCCGCCAGUGCUGUGGAUCCCGUCAGGGCACAGCGCCAGGGAGUUCCGGCUCCCCUGCCUCCCACCACCCUCCCUCCGGCGGCGCUGCGCGAUCGCUCUCCCUACUCCGCGGCUCACCAUCCUCACACCCACUCGUCAGACCUCUUUGCCGCCCAACACGUCACUCAACCCCAGACCCCUGCAGACCGUUACUUUGCCGCCCAGCAUCAGCAGCAGCAGCACCACCAGCAGCAGCAACAACAGCAGCAGCAGCAACAGCAACAGUUUCUGCAUCAGCAGCAGAUGCAGCCUGAUUUCCACUCGCCACCUGCCGUUCCGUCUCUCCCCCUCCACUCAAACGUUGCAGUCGCCGCUGCUGCUGCCGCCGCCGCUGCCGCUGCGUCGGGCCUCCCACCCCAACAUCCCAUCGUUCAGUCUCUCGCGGCCGCAGCAGCUGGUAACGCCAUGCACCAAAUGCAACAGCAGCAACAGCAGCAGCAGCAACAGCAGCUGCAUCAGCAGCAGAUGAACCAGCAGCAGCAGCAGCAGCAAUACCCCCCUUCUCACCACUCACACGCUCUUGCAGCUGCAGCGGCUACAUUCGCCCAUCUACCCCCGGAAGCAGCAGCAGCAGCAGCAGCGGCCUUUUCUCGCCUCCCUCCUGAGGCACUUGCAGCCGCAGCAGCAGCUGCUGCUGCUGGGUCAUCCAGCCACGCCCAUGCCACACUCCCUCCUCCCCCCUCUGCCAACCCCUUUUCCUUCCUCUCGUCUCUCGCUGCUUCUGCUGCUGCUCCUGCCGUUGCCCCAUCCUUGCCUUUCCCAGGCAUGUCAGGGGCAGCACAGUUCCUAGCACCGGGAGCAGCCGCCGCGGCAGCUGCCGCAGCAGCAGCAGCAGCAGCAGGGGGGAGUGGCAUGGGUGCGUUCAACCCUGCCUUCCCCUUGGCAUCCUGGCCCGACCCCUCUGCUGCCGGCAUGCUUUUCAACCCUGCCUCUGCUGCUGCCUCUGCUACCGCUGGGGCGGGGGGGGUGAUGGAGAGGCGGAUGGAGGGGAAUGAGAGGCGGGAGGCGGCGCUGAACAAGUUCAGGCAGAAGAGGAAAGACCGGUGCUUUGAGAAGAAGAUCCGGUAUGUGAGCCGCAAGAGACUGGCGGAGAUGAGGCCGCGCGUGAAGGGGCAGUUUGUGAGGAAGAAGACAGUGGGCAAGGGGAAUGCGGGGCAGCAGGAGAGUGAGGAUGAGGACGAGGAGGACGAGGAGGAGGAGGAAGAGGAGGACGAAGGGAACGAGUAGGUGCUUGUUGGGGAUCCUGGAAUGCCCCAGCUGUGCCAUAAAGUGUGGUUUGCAGCAUGCCGCUGACACAACGUGUGACACCUCCCUUAGUCAUGCACACCCCCCACCUCUGUCUCCCCCCAUAUCCCCUCCGUCGUCUGCAACCUGCCACUGGUGUUGUGGGGUCCACGUGUUGUGUUUUUGGCUCCCGUGAGUUGCUCUCGUGGGUUGCUCUUUAUGACUUUAGGGUUACCCUAUUAGGCAAACUACACUAGGCUAAUCAUGUGGCCUUGGCUUGAGUAGCUUGGCCUCCUUAUUUACUUACAGUACAUAACAAUGUUGGACAAUGUAC